GCCUGCAUCUGCCAACUACACUCCCUCGCCAUUAAUGGCCGGAAAAAGAGGGGGGGGAAGGGAAGGGAAAACAAGUCCACAGCUUCACGGGCUCCCUGUGAGAUGCUGCAUCCAUUUUUUAAUCUCCUCUGUUCCGUUUCUUUCUUUCUUUCUGAAUCAAUCCAUCCGCAAUGGAAGAAAUGGAACUUUCCACCUCCGGCCAGAACCCACUUCCCAAAACGUCAAAUCCAUCCACCCGAAAACAGAGCAGAGCUUCAUUCGCCGGCUUGUUCGCGGCAGCCGAUGCGCUGGACUACUUCCUGAUGUUGGUCGGAAGCAUUGGGGCCUGCGUUCACGGCGCCGCCCUCCCCGUGUUCUUCGUUUUGUUCGGACGCAUGAUUGAUUCUCUGGGUCAGUUCUCCUCUCACCCUGACGCAUUGUCUUCUCAGGUUUCCAAGCAUGCUUUGUACUUGGUUUAUCUUGGGCUUGCUGUGUUUGCAUCGGCAUGGAUUGGUGUUGCAUUUUGGAUGCAAACUGGAGAGAGACAGACGGCUCGUCUGCGAUUGAAGUAUCUUCAGUCCGUCUUGAAAAAAGAUAUCAGUUACUUUGACACUGAAGCUAGGGAUGCAAAUAUCAUUUUCCACAUAUCCAGUGAUGCAAUAUUAGUACAGGACGCAAUAGGUGAUAAGAUAGGCCAUGGUUUGCGUUACCUUUCACAAUUCUUUAUUGGAUUUGCAACGGGAUUUACAUCAGUGUGGCAGCUUACACUUCUCACCUUGGCUGUCGUUCCAUUAAUAGCUGUUGCAGGAGGAGCUUAUACUGUAAUCAUGUCUACCUUAUCAGAAAAAAGUGAGGCUGCUUAUGCAGACGCGGGGAAGGUUGCUGAAGAGGUUAUUGCACAGGUUCGUACCGUAUACUCAUUUGUGGGAGAGGACAAAGCAGUUAAAGCAUACUCUAGAUCACUCAAAAAUGCCCUUAAAAUGGGGAAAAAGAGUGGUUUUGCUAAAGGAGUUGGUGUUGGUUUUACAUACGGGCUUUUGUUUUGUUCUUGGGCUCUACUUCUCUGGUAUGCCAGCAUACUUGUCAGGCAUCAUGACACAAAUGGUGGAAAAGCAUUCACAACAAUUCUCAAUGUCAUCUUCAGUGGAUUUGCUCUAGGUCAAGCCAUGCCAAACCUUGCUGCCAUUUCUAAAGGCCGUGCUGCCAUUGCUAACAUCAUGAGUAUGAUGGAAACAGAUUCUAAUUCUUCUAAUAAGUUGGAGAAUGGAAUAACAUUUCCAAGAGUAACUGGUCAAAUUGAAUUUUGUGAGGUUUUUUUUGCUUAUCCCUCGCGACCCAAUAUGGUCCUUGAAAAUUUGAGCUUUUCAGUUAGUGCUGGGAAAACUGUUGCAGUUGUAGGCCCCAGCGGUUCGGGAAAAAGCACUGUCAUUUCCAUGAUUCAACGAUUCUAUGAACCCACUUCAGGAAAAAUAUUGUUGGACGGACUAGAUAUUAAGAAUAUCCGAUUAAGAUGGUUGAGGGAGCAGAUGGGAUUGGUCAGUCAAGAACCAGCAUUGUUCGCCACAACUAUAGCUGGGAACAUUCUGCAUGGUAAAGAGGAUGCUGGUUUUACUCAGAUUAUAGAAGCUGCCAAAGCUGCAAAUGCCCAUUCUUUUAUACAAGGUUUACCUGAUGGUUACCACACUCAGGUGGGAGAAGGAGGAACCCAGCUUUCUGGAGGGCAGAAACAGCGAAUUGCUAUUGCAAGAGCAGUGUUAAGAAACCCAAAGAUAUUACUUCUAGAUGAGGCUACUAGUGCUCUUGAUGCAGAAUCAGAACUUAUCGUUCAGCAAGCCCUGGAUAAAAUUAUGUCAGGUCGUACAACAAUCAUUGUUGCACACAGAUUAUCCACCAUCCGAGAUGUUGAUACCAUCAUUGUAUUAAAGAAUGGUCAGGUUGUUGAAAAAGGUACUCAUUGGGAUUUGAAUUCCAAGGGAGGAGAAUAUGCAACUCUUGUGAGCUUGCAAGAUUCAAGAGACGUUGAAUGUCCUAGUCAUAAAAGUCACUGCGAAUCAUCUGUGGUUUCCUGCUUGCCGAAAAUUCCCAACAGUCAAAGCCAUCAGCAGGAUAUCAAGUCAGUUAGCACAAAAGAAUUGCAGUCAAGCAGCUUGAACUUGGCCCCUCCAAACUCUGCUCAAUCUCCAUCAAUUUGGGAAUUAGUUAAGCUAAAUAAGCCAGAGUGGCCUUUUGCAGCAGUUGGGUCAUUUGGUGCCAUUCUGGCUGGCAUGGAAGCUCCUUUGUUUGCCCUUGGGGUCACACAUGUCUUGACUGCAUUCUAUUCCCAUGACGAUUUCCAAAUUAAACAAGAAAUCCGGCGGGUCUCUUUUAUAUUUAUUGGAGCAGGUGUUAUAACAGUCCCUAUUUAUCUUUUGCAGCACUAUUUCUAUACAUUGAUGGGAGAGCAUCUCACCACUCGCAUUCGUUUGUUAAUGUUCUCAGCUAUCCUAUCAAAUGAGGUUGGGUGGUUUGAUUUGGAUGACAAUAGUACUGGUUCACUGACAUCAAUUUUAGCAGCUGAUGCAACAUUAGUACGAAGUGCACUUGCUGACCGCCUAUCAACAAUUGUGCAGAACGCGGCACUCACUGUGUCAGCAUUUGUUAUUUCCUUUACAUUAUGUUGGCGGAUAGCAGCUGUUGUCAUUGCCUCUUUACCCCUACUCAUUGGAGCUUCUGUAGCUGAGCAACUGUUUCUUAAGGGUUUUGGAGGAGAUUACACACGUGCCUAUGCUCGAGCUACUGCUGUGGCACGCGAAGCAAUUACUAAUAUUCGUACGGUUGCUGCAUUUGGUGCUGAAGAUCGGAUUGCAAUGCAGUUUGCCUCCGAGCUAAAUCAGCCAAACAAGAAAGCAAUGUUGCGUGGUCAUAUAUCCGGGUUUGGUUAUGGUGUAUCACAGCUUUUGUCAUUCUGUUCUUAUGCACUAGGCCUUUGGUAUGCAUCAGUUCUGAUCAAACGUAAAGACUCAGACUUUGGAGACAUUAUGAAAUCAUUCAUGGUUUUGAUUGUGACUGCAUUUUCAGUAGCUGAAACACUUGCUCUUGCACCUGACAUUGUAAAGGGAUCACAAGCACUUGGAUCAGUUUUUGGCAUUCUCCAAAGGAAAACUGCCAUAAAUCCCAACGAUCCUACAGCCAGGGCAGUAAUUGAUGUCAGGGGAGAUAUAGAAUUCAAAAAUGUGAGUUUCAAAUACCCGAUGAGGCCUGAUAUCCCUAUCUUUGAGGAAUUAAAUCUGAAAAUCUCUGCAGGUGAAAGUCUUGCAGUAGUAGGCCAAAGUGGGUCUGGGAAGAGCACUGUGAUAUCCCUGGUAAUGAGAUUUUAUGAUCCCAGCUCGGGGAUGGUUUUGAUUGAUGGGCUUGAUAUUAAAGGCUUAAACUUGAGGUCAUUGAGGCAGAAAAUAGGUUUGGUUCAGCAAGAGCCAGCCCUGUUCUCUACCACAAUUUAUGAGAACCUCAAGUGUGGAAAGGAAGAGGCAUCAUAUAUCGAGAUAUUGAAGGCAGCCAAAGCAGCGAAUGCUCAUGGGUUCAUUAGUAGAAUGCCCAAUGGAUACCAAACUGAAGUUGGGGAUCGAGGUGUACAGUUGUCUGGGGGACAGAAGCAAAGGGUGGCCAUAGCUAGAGCAGUACUAAAGGACCCCUCAAUUCUUCUCUUGGAUGAAGCAACAAGUGCAUUGGAUGCUGCAUCUGAGAAACAGGUUCAAAAGGCUCUCAAUCAUCUAAUGCAAGGCCGAACGACCAUUCUUGUAGCACAUAGGUUGUCGACCAUUCGCGAUGCAGACAGUAUUGCUGUGCUUCAACAUGGGAAGGUUGUUGAAAUCGGAAGCCAUGAGCAUCUCAUUGGCAGGCCUGGUAGUGUCUAUGCACAACUAGUUAGUCUGCAACAAGAAAGAAGUCAGCUGGGACAUACAGACUGCUUAGAACAAUGAGGUUGGAAGCCUGAUAUGAUAGUUAAUCUGCUAUAGUCAAUUUCUGCCCUUAUCAACUAAAGUUGAGUAUAAAAACUAUCUCAAAUGCAGCUUGUGUAUUCUUUAAGCAAAAAACUGGAGACUUCCUUUGUCAUUUCUUCUGCUAUCCACAAAAGAUGUACAGAAAAAUAUGCUGCUGUUUUGUAAAAGUUCAGUUGGCACGAAUUUGGAUGCUGCAAAAGGCUAGAGUUCUUCCAAGUUCUCUAGCAGACAAGUUGAUGCAUUAGUUGGAAUAAGCACUACUACUAUUAGGUAAUCAAUGCAUAA